CCACUGCCACCAGGCAUGUCUCUGCUGCUGCGGGGACCCUGGCAGGUGGCCCUGUGCGUCCUGCACAUAGCCCUGGGUUACUGCCUGCCAGCCGGCCCUGCUCCUGUGGUUGCUUCCCUGGGCCUGGGGGAGACCGCGGCCGCCCCCCGCACCGGGGGCUGUGGGGCUGCUGCCGCCACCUGCGGCACAUCUGCCCGGGGGGGCGCUGUCUCCAGCUGUAGGCACAACGGGGUGGAUCCAGCUGCGGACACAUCUGCCCCGUCGGGGCCGGCGUUUCCGAGGGCCCGGGCGGUGCGGCUGGGGACGGAGUGCGGGGUGUCGCCUCCAGCUGUGGCCGCAUCUGUCCUGCAGCUGUCGCCGGGGGCCACAGGAAGGAGCCCCCGGGCUGCAUCCCCCCGCUCCCUCCCCGGCGGCAGGCUCACCCAUGACAUCAGCCUUGAGGAGUUUGAGGAUGAAGACCUCUCUGAGAUCACCGAUGAGUGUGGAAUUAGCCUGCACUGCAAGGAGAGCCUGGCCACCCGGGGCCAUGUGAGCCGGCCGGGCGGCGGGGCCCGGGCGGCGGGCGGCGGCGAGGCCAGCCGGCUGCAGGCGGAGAUGCUCCAGCUCGACCUCAUCGACGCGGCGGGGGACGCGCCGGCCGAGGAGCAGACGGCGCCCGAGCCGCUGCAGAAAGAACCCCCGGCUGGGACCACGGAUGUCUACAGGCCGAAGAGACCCACAACUCUCAACCUCUUCCCGCAGGUGCCUCGCAGCCAGGACACUCUGAAUAACAACUCUCUGGGGAAAAAGCACAGCUGGCAGGAGCGGGUGUCCCGGUCAUCAUCCCCUCUGAAAACAGGUGAGCAGACCCCUCCCCAUGACCACGUUUGCCUGAGUGAUGAGGUCAAUCACCAAAACAGCACAACCUCCACCAAAGACCGAGGCACGUCCACGGAGAGCCCAUGCCGGCGCACAGCUGCCACUCAGAUGGCACCCGCCUGCGUCACCUCAUCCCGGCCACCGGAAAAGCACCAGGCCACCAGCCGGCCCCCACCACACGGUGCCAGUGUGGUGGUGGUAACAUCGAGGGGCCCCGAGGCCCAUCGGGACCGCAUCCGAUACCAGACAGACGUGAGGCUGGAGGCCACAGAAGAGAUCUACCUGACACCUGUGCAGAAGAACUCAGAUCCCCUGGAGACUGACAAGCCGUUUCUGUCUCAGUCCAGUGAGAAUCGCAUGUCCAUCAGCUCUGACAUUGACACCUCCGGCUAUUCGGCCCUGGCAGGGAAAACCAACCCCUCCAUCAGCGAGGAGGAUGAGGUGCUGGACUAUAUGUCCUCCCCCGACAAGACAAACCUGCCCAGGGCCUCCUGCGGUGGCGGGAGUGGUGGCUCUCGGCCAGGGCACAACCUUCAGAGAGCAUCGGUGAGUUCGGACACCAGCGCCCUUUCCUACGACUCAGUCAAGUACACGCUGGUGGUGGAUGAGAACGUGCAGCUGGAGUUGGUCAGCCUCAAGCAGUGCUACUCAGGCUACAGUGAUGAGAGUGACUCAGCCACUGUCUAUGACAACUGUGUCUCCUCGCCCUACGAGUCGGCCAUUGGUGAGGAGUAUGAGGAGGAUGCACUGAAGCGUGACUCAGUCUGCCUCUCGGAGGACUCCACCCCAGAGGCGGACAUCCACUUCUCCAAGAAGUUUCUCAACGUCUUCAUGAGUGGCCGGGCACGCUCCUCAAGUGCUGAGUCCUUUGGGUUGUUCUCCUGCAUGAUCAACGGGGAGGAGCAGGAGCAGACCCACCGGGCUGUCUUUAGGUUUGUUCCUCGCCAUGCGGAUGAGCUGGAGCUGGAGGUGGAUGACCCACUGCUGGUAGAGGUGCAGGCAGAAGAUUAUUGGUAUGAAGCCUACAACAUGCGGACGGGUGACCGGGGCAUUUUUCCUGCCUACUACGCUAUUGAAGUCACCAAGGAGCCAGACCACGUAACAGCUCUGGCCAAGAGCAGUGACUGGGUGGACCAGUUUCGGGUGAAGUUCCUUGGUUCGGUGCAAGUUCCUUAUCACAAGGGGAACGAUGUGCUGUGCGCAGCUAUGCAGAAGAUUGCCACCACGCGCCGCCUCACUGUGCACUUUAACCCACCCUCCAGCUGUGUCCUGGAGAUCAGCGUGCGUGGGGUCAAGAUUGCUGUGAAAGCUGAUGACUCCAAGGAGAACAGCAAGGUAAACAAGUGUAGCCAUUUUUUCCAGCUGAAGAACAUUUCCUUUUGUGGGUACCAUCCAAAGAACAACAAAUAUUUUGGAUUCAUCACCAAGCAUCCUGCUGACCACAGAUUUGCCUGUCAUGUCUUUGUCUCAGAGGAGUCCACGAAGCCUCUGGCAGAGUCAGUAGGGAGAGCUUUUCAGCAAUUCUACAAGGAGUAUGUGGAGUACACGUGCCCCACGGAGGACAUCUACCUGGAGUAGGGGCUGGCACAGGCACCUCCUGCAUAGCCAGGGCUGCCACCUCGCCCCUUCCCCCUGUCGUGCAUGGACAAGAGCUGCUUUGAGCCUGGAGGAGGAGCAGGCCUGGGGCAGGGCUCCCCAGGGCAUGGAGCAUCAUCUUUUUUCAUGACUCCCUUUCCUCGGGCUGGGGGACAUGGGGGUGGGGGGUGGCUGGACAAAUUGUGUUUAUUGAACAAAAUACUCUUAGUUUAUUUUAUGGGAGAAGCACCCACUAGGUGCCCCUGCCUGUGAGCGGUGGUGGGGUAGGCAGCAGUGUGCUCAGGCCCUUUCCUGCUGCAGGCUGGGGUGACAGCAUCUCCUCCUUGUGAUCAUGGCCCAGCUUCCCGUCACACCCCUCUGAGGUGACUUUUAAUGCAGUGGCAGAGUCGGACUCUCGCAGUAUGAAGACAGGGCAGCUACAGCAAACAAGACCCAUAUGCUACUUCCAGCCUGGGAGAUGCACUUGCCCUGGCUGGGCAUCGCCUCCUGGGCAUCGCCUCCUGGCCAGGCCCUGGGGACAGGGCUGCUGGGCAGGGAUGACAGAGGGAGCCCCAGUGUCUCCUCUGCCAGAGCCAGCACAAGGAUGAGCUGAGACAGCUCACCCCUGCCUCUGCCCCCAUCCCCAUUCCUCCCCUUUUGUAUCUGUGCCCUGGGGAGAAAAAAUUUCCCCCCCGUACCUCCCUGCAGUAACUACACCCUCAGAAGGGGAGCUUUUUCUGCGCCUUUCCCCCUCUCCCCCCAGCUGUGGGAGGCAGGGGCAGGGCUGGGCCACCCCAGAGUUGUGGGGCUCAGCCACUGUGCAGAGUUGCGUGGGUGCCUGCCAGCAGCAGGGCAGGGAAGGGCUACAGCCUGCAGGGAGCCAGUUCAAGGCAGAAGAGUCUCCUGGUCCCUGUGGCCAGCAGUCUCUGUGCUUCAGCUGGAUCUGCUGUGAUGGCAACAACUAUUAAAUAUGAUGGUUCAUGGA